AAAUAAUCGAACAAAAACGGAAGUACAAAACAGCUGCAGCCGCUAUAAAAACACAUGUCAAACCACACGUGCGCAUUGACUGAGCUGACUUAAGGAAAGAACCUUCUAACUAGUCUUUUUUUUCUUCGAUCCUUACUUGCCCUAAUCUCUCUUUGUCAAACUGAUCCAUUACUUGCACUGAAUCAUUCACCCAAACUUCAAUUCACUUACUCAAUUCUUCAAUUCAGGGAGGAUUUCAGUAAUAAAAAUGCCGGAAGAUCGGUAUUUUACCCGGAUAAAUACAUUAGAGAUUAAAUUGCAGAUCAAGAAGAAGCUUGGGCAUCAAAAUGCUCGGAAGUACUUUGAUCUCCUCACGAAGUUUUUGACUCUCAAGAUUAGCAAAUCCGACUUUGACAAACUCUGCAUUGGUAUAAUAGGGAAGGAAACUAUUCGUCUUCAUAAUCUUCUCCUCAGAUCGAUUAUCAAAAAUGCACAUUUUUCGAAGAUUGCCCCGUCGAAGGAGGCUAAAGCUGAAAAUGUCUUAGGCGUGAAAAUGCCUAACGGAUAUCAUAAAGGUAGUAUACAAACCUUAUGUAGGGAUGUUCUCCAAUCUCCUCGUAAGGGAAGGUCACCACUUAGUGAACGAAAGUUGAGGGAUCGUCCUAGUCCUCUUGGGCCACAUGGGAAAAGUCAUAAAGUUGUUACUUUGGAAGAUUCAAUCCCAAAAAAUCAAGAACAACAGAGUGCUACGGAACUGCUUUCAUUAGGCAGCAGACCACCCGUCUCUGUUGAAGAUGGUGAAGAAGUUGAUCAAGCUGCCGGAAGUCCAAGCAUUUAUAGUAGGAGCCCUGUAAGAGCUCCACUUGGCAUCACUUUAAACAGUAAAGGGAUGCGAAAAGUACUAUGCAAUCCAUUGGCAUUUCCUUAUCCUACGGAGACAUGUCAUCAUAGCGGGCAAUUGCCUGAUACAAAUUCUUUAAGAAAAAGGUUGGAGCAGAAGUUGGAAAUGGAAGGAAUUAAAGUUUCAGUUGAUUGUGUUAAUUUGUUAAAUAAUAGCCUGGAUGUGUACUUGAAGAGAUUGAUAAAGCCGUGUAUGGAUUUAGCUGGAUCAAGAUCUCUACAAAAACAGACUACCCAAGGACAUGGCUGUGCUAUACCCGGUUUGAAUGGGAUGUGGCCCGUGAGAUCUUUACAAAAACCGAGUGGGUCCAUUUCAGCAUCUAUGCUCGAUUUUCGAUUAGCAAUGGAACUAAACCCUCAGAUUCUUGGAAAGGACUGGCCAACGCAACUUGAAAAUAUUUGCUUUCGUGCAUCAGAAUAUGAAAUAGAACACUAGUUCAAGAUCUGGUGGGAUGGAAAGCUGCUGCAAUUAGGAUGUCGGUGAAUUCCCUUAUGACAGAUUUAACAGUACAUAGAUAAGAAAUAUCAAGCAAAGUUUUGGAUAAAGUUGAUUAGAUUGUAUAUAGGCAUUUGGACGAAUAAUUUAACGUGUGUGUGACAUGGUAGAGUAUAAAUUGUUGACAUGUAAGAAUCUAGCUAUCCCAAAUUGGUCAGUUAUCUUUCAACUCAUACUACAGUUGUUUAAUUUAUUAACUUUGUGAAUAAAGAUAAAUUUUCAGUUUUCAUUCA